AUGUGUCGCCAAUACUUCACCCUCUACGAGUGGUGCCAGUGCGAAGAAGACGCCGGCCAGAGUGUCUGCGCCGGCUACCGCCGCAGCGGCUGCCCCGGGGUCAGCAUCGAGACAGUCCACAUGCACUGCUUCUGCAACUCUCAUGCCACCCGAGGAUUCAAGUCAGAGAAGCAGACCCGGAAGGAAGAAGACAAGGUGCGACGCCAGUCUCAAGAUUCCAUGGAUGAGAAGGCCAGCUUUGGUCGCCGCUGGUUCCAGUGGUAUCAGUGGCGGGGCCUGCGCUCCCACUGA